AUGUACGCGUCAAGCUCGAGGGCUGCUAAGGUCACAUUCAAGGUCACACUAACAUCGGACCCAAAAUUGCCAUACCGAGUGGUGAACGUACCAGAGCAGGCACCAUUUACAGCGGUGCUUAAGUACGUUGCAGAAGAGUUCCACGUGCCAGCGGCUACCAGUGCUAUCAUCACUAAUGAUGGUAUCGGCAUUAACCCAUCGCAAAGCGCUGGCAAUGUGUUUCUGAAAUACGGCUCGGAGCUGCGUCUGAUCCCGCGCGACCGCGUUGGAGGCUGCUGUAUGCGUUAG